ACAUUACUCAUCAGUUCUCUCUCACGUGACUCCUUCUACUCGCUACGUUCAAUCUCAGUAAAAGUUGUUUUGCUCAACGACAUCACUGACUCAACGUUAUCUCCUGUGAUCCCUCUUACUCUUGACGAUUCUAUAUUAAUAUAAUCUAGAUCAACCUUCUACUUACAGACAUGUCGAGGAAUCAGAGGGAGACAGAAUCUGAACGUCAUGACAGGGAAAGUGAGACAGAUGGUGAUGACACUUUCACAAUGAACAACUUUGCAUCAUCAGAAGUAGCACAACCUGGUAAUGACAAUGAUGUUGAUGUCGUUCCCCAAGGAACACAUGGUGAUAGGACAUUCUCCAUGGACAUGAUAGCAUCAUCAGAAGUAGCACAACCUGGUAAUGACAAUGAUGUUGAUGUCGUUCCCCAAGGAACACAUGGUGAUAGGACAUUCUCCAUGGACAUGGUAGCAUCAUCAGAAGUGGUCGAGCGUCAGGCCAGUGCGGGGAGUGGUUCCAUGGCUGUUUCUGAGAGACGAGAAAUGCAAGCGGUGUCUACUAAAAUCACUGCAGGGUCUGACUUCAAAGGCAUCAUAGUACAGGACUCUUCUGAUGUCAGCUUAUCUGUUGGAGGUCAGAAUGAUGGAAUAAUGAAGUCAGAUAUGCUGCAAAUGAACCUGAAGCGAGUCAAAGAUAUCUUUGAGAAAACUGCUACCUACAGGACAGUGAAGGAACUCUUGGAGAAGUAUGGUCAUGUGACAAUAAGUGGUGCUUCUGGUGAAGGAAAAACGUCCAUUGCCUUGAUGAUAGGAGCAGAUCUCAGGAACCAGGGGUAUGAACUUGUGUUUGUUGAUGAUGUGGAUAAAUUUGAGCUGAAGAAUUGUGAACUGCGUGGAAAGAAAGUUUGUCUGAUACUGGAUGAUAUAUUUGGAACAGUCGGCCUAUCAACUGACGUUCCCCAUCUUAGGUCCAUUCUACAAAAUCUCAAACAUUAUUUGGAAGAUGUCAAAUCUAGUAAGGAACUGAAAACACAUCCAGGCGCUGAAUCAGCGAUUCUUGUUGUCUUCACCACCAAAUCGUACAACCUGGAAUGUGGAGUCGCAAAGUUGGAUGGCAAAGAAUGCUAUUUUUCAACGGACCAUCGCUUCUUGAUUUGACAAAAAUGAAAUCGUGUCAUUACAGUCCCGCGGAAAGAAGGAAAAUACUCCGGAAACAACUAAAACACCAUAACAUCGACCUGGACCUCGAUAUUGGUAGGCUAUGUGAGACAAGAGAUUCUUUGUUUGGCUUUCCCUUAAUAUGUACUCUGUUUUGUGAAUUCCUGAGUUUUCAAAAAGAACCUGCACGUUUUUUUCGAGAACCCCUAUUUUAUCUACGGCGAGAAAUUGACAUGAUCAUGGAACGUGGAAAUGACCAGUCCGCUGCGCUCAUCCUGAUGUUGUUGUGUGAAGAUCCUCUGAACUUGAGCCAGGUAGAAAUGGAAUCUAAAAAUCAUGUUUU